AUGCGUACCGCCGCCCUCGUCUCGCUUCUCCUCGCCGUCGCUGCUGUCGACGCCCGCUCUGGCCACGGCCACGGUGUCGCUCGCCGCCACCACCGCCAGGCUGCCGCUGCCCGCCGCGACAUGCCCAAGCUUGUUACCCGCUCCGACGGCCGCAAGUGCAAGCCCCGCACCAAGCCCGCCGACGGCCAGGACUCCAACUCCCAGGGCGCUCAGCUCAACCAGCAGGACGGUGGUGACUCUCCCGUCACGGUCGCCCCCUCUGCCGCCUACACCCAGGUCCCGGGUGCCGACAAGGCCCCGGCCUCGUCUGCCGCUGCCUCCAGCUCUGCUGGUGGUGACAACUGGAUCGGCGGUGACAACAACAACCAGGGCAACAACGCCCAGGCCUCUUCGACCUCGUCGGCCGAGGACACCACUGCCACUGCCCCUACCAAGGAGCACGGUUACGGCGGUGGUCUUCCCUCGACCGGCAGCGUUGGCGGUGGCCCCGCUAAGAAGGCCGGUGUCUCUUACAUCGCCCCUUCCAAGGCUUGGGACGAGCUCAAGGACCUUCUCGGUUGGUUCUCGACCUACAGCGCCACGCCCGGAGACGGCAUGCCCGGUCCCGAGGGUGACGGUGCCGAGACGCCGACCUUCGUCGCCAUCCUCUGGGGUGAGGGUGACAACCCCGCUGAGCCUUCUGACGGCGACCGUCUUCAGAAGUUCAAGCAGCUCGCUCAGGAGGACAGCUAUGUCCGCUACGCUCAGGGCUUCUUCGAGCCCGACUGCCCCGGCUACAUGUCCGCUGACAUGGACGUCGACAGCGGUCUUCGUCUCUGGAACGAGAUCGUUGAGCCCAUGAAGAACAAGGGCACCGCCCUCAUCUCGCCCUCCAUGUGCAAGCAGAUGGCCGAGACCUGGCUCCAGGAGUUCAAGGAGAAGGGCGGUGACUGGCAGUUCACCAACGUCCACAUCAACAAGCCCGACGGCAAGUCUGUUCGUGCUGCUGUUGACCAGUACCUCGACCGCUACGGCAAGGACCUCUGGGUCUCGGAGUGGGCGUGUGUCUACGACCACACUGGCCGCACCUGCGACCGCGCCGACGACAACCAGUUCUGCCCCUGUACCGACAUGGGCGAGAUCGAGAACUACAUCAACGGCACCGUCUACCUCUUCGAGCACCACCCCCGCAUCGCCGCCCACGCCUUCUCCAACGGUGACGGACUCGGUGACCAGUGGAAGCUCUGGGACAAGUGGGGAGGUGACCUCACCGCCACUGGCCGUCUCUACCGCAACGCCCUCCAGGCUGCCCGCGACGGCACCCUCCAGAUCCCCGAGGGCUGGGAGGAGGCUUGCGCCAACCUCAACUAA